GGUAUGCUGUUUCGGCAAUCUGCUCUCAUGAUCAGCUCGUAAAAUAAAUAAUUAACAAAGAGUCUUUGUUUAGACGUUAUUAUUUCUUUACAAAAUGGCAGAUCCAGUUGCUAAGAAAUUUCGGAAAGACACUGACAAUAAAACGGAGAAGAAUGAGAGUUUAGGGCAAAUAAUAGAAUUCGGUUAUCACUUUCGACUAGAUCUAACCUAUGAUGUUGUCAGGCUAAUUUUUAAGUUUUUGAAUGGAAAAGAUUUGAGCAGCGCAGGAAGUGUGUGCAGAUGUUGGCGGGAUGCAGCAAUAAAUGAAUUUAAGACAAGAGGUCCCUCAUAUCUACGAACAAAUGUAGACACAAAUAACGCAUUAAGUGAUCAUUAUAUGGGCUCAAAAAUCGUAGACAGCUUACGAAUAAAGCCGAAGUUAGGAAUUUUUUUUACAGGCGAUGUUGAGAGUAGUAUAUUUGACUCCUUGAAAGUUUCAGAUUGUUAUUGUUCACAAUUACCACCAUCUUGUGAUACUCUAAUGCUACGUACUUACGGUGCUGUAUUAGAUGAAAUUGAAUUAGAUAAAAACGAUAUUGCGUGCGUCUUUGUUCCGAUUAUUCCCAAAAUGAAAAUCAAGACUUUUUCUAUCGAUGCUACACAGGGUACUACAAACCGUAAAAAUAUGCUCGCAAAAGUUCAAGAUUGGAUAGCGAAAAAUUCCGGAUUUGGAAAGAACGAGACGUCAAAAUGUGUAAUGGUAUUCUCUGAUGGUGAAAAUUAUACACUUGCUACUAAAAUACUAGAAUCUAUAAAAUACAAAACUAACCCGAAAAGUGGAAUACCUCUCUUUCUGAAUGAUGUUGAGACCCUAAAGAAUUCGGAAUUUUCCCCCUCUAAAAAGACGAAAUUUAUUACCCAUGGAUGGAAAUCAAGCGCUUUGAGCACCAGUCAAGUUGAUAUGAAGAAUGCCUACUUAGAACACGGUGACUUUAAUGUGUUCCUGGUAGACUGGCAGCCUUUAGCAGCAAGUACAUUUUAUCUUGGGCCAAUGCGAAAUACAGAAAAGGUUGGACAAGAUGCAGGGCAGUUUAUUGAUUUUCUAAUCCGAGUAACUGGACUCAAUCCGCAAUUUAUUCACUUCAUAGGUCAUUCGCUUGGAGCACAUGUAGCAGGAAAUGCAGGCAGUGCCACAAGAUCAGGAAGAAUUGGAAGAGUGACAGGGCUUGAUCCUGCUCUUCCAGGAUUCCAUAUAUUCACCACGAAAAAGGAACGACUCGAUCCGACUGAUGCAAAUUUCGUUGAUGUUAUUCAUUCGUGCGGUGGAGUUCUAGGUUUUCUAAAACCAUUGGGACAUGUUGACUUCUAUCCUAAUGCUGGAACAGCAGUGCAGCCUGGUUGUUGUUGUGUUCCUGAAGUCAUGGAGGCUUGCAGUCAUGGAAGGUCUUACGCGUACUACACUGAAAGCAUUAACGCAAAAAAUGGUCUACUGGCCACAAGAUGCAGUUCUUGGGACCAGUAUAUUAAUAGAAAUUGUGAUAAUGAACAUGCAGUACACAUGGGAGAACACGUGGAUCAAUCUGCAGCAGGAUCGUAUUUUUUGAAAACAAGAGGUGAAGCACCUUUUGCUUAUGUCGAAGACGUGGAUAACAAAUUGUAAUCAGACAAAAAUUAGAAAGCCAGUUUAGGCUUUAAGACUUAAAAAGAAGUCCAGUCGAAAUCGAACGAAAAAUAUAAAAGUUUGUGUGUUGGAAUGUAAAUUUUAUCUACGUUAUAUAACACAUGUAUUCGUUAGCUGCUCAGCGGAUUAAGAUAUUAUUUCAAUCCAAAAACUCGAAGUUAAAAUCAAAUAAUUAUUAAUAAAUUUGGGUUAUAGACCGUCUAUUUACCUAAUCCCUUAUAAAAUUUUAACAUUGCUAUAGGUCGAGAAAUAUACCAUAACAGAAUUAUUUGUAUAUAAGCUUCACUUUCUUUUUAUAUAAUUUAUCAGGAAUGAUUUUGAUUUUCUCAUACAGUAUUAUCGCCUUUAUAAAAAUCCGAUAAGGAAAAUAGAUAUUAAAAUUUAUAACAGCUGGACGAGAUAUAUCUAAGAUUUUACAGGUUGAUACCAGCUAAUUUCUGGAUUAAUAAAGCCCAAAUUUCAA